CAGGCACAGCCCCACACAUAAAACGCGUGCCAUCCACCAAGUUCAUAAAACUACAGGCACAGCCCCACACAUAAAACACAUCGCGCACCCCUUCCAAUAAAAUCCAUCACCCAGGAUAAACGCGUUUCAUCCGGUCACCAACCAUAAAACCAUUCAUUUUUGAUCACCCCCACCAAACAAAACGAAAAUGUCGCACCGAUUGAAAAAGAACCUUCCGUUCUGUCGUGACUGCCAGUCCGACCAGUACAUCACAGAUGACACGAAGACGGGCGCUGUGCUGUGCACAAACUGCGGCUGUAUUAUAGAAAACACUCUGAUCGACGAGAAAACGGAGUGGCGCACGUUCGAUGACAGCGCGAACGACCCGUCACGCGUGGGCUGCCCGAACAAUCCCCUGCUGGAGAGCGAGCCGCUCGACACGAUGAUCGCCAACAUCGGCAAUCUGCACAGCUACACGCUCAACAGAACGCAGAUGAAGAGCACGAUGCGUGGGCCUGAGCGGCAGCUCAUCAACGGCUUCAAUCUCAUAUCGGCGUACUGCGAUCGGUCAAACAUCAGCAAGACGAUAAGCGACCGGGCCAAGCUUAUCUUCAAGCGGGUGGACGAGAAGAAAAUUCUGAAGGGCAAGAACUUGGAGGGCGUGGUGGCCGCGUGCAUUUACAUUGCAUGCAGGCAGGAACAGUCGCCGCGUACCUUCAAGGAGGUGAGCGUGCUCACCGCAGUGCCUAAGAAGGAGAUUGGACGGUCGUUCAAGCUCAUCUUCCCGCACAUCGAGAAGCUGCAGUGCGUAACGACCGAUGACAUCGUUGCGCGCUUCUGCAGUGACCUCAAUCUCGGCAUCGAUGUGCAGAAGAUCGCAGUGCAAAUCUCCAAGAACGUGAUUGAGAAGGGGUGCAUGGCGGGCAAGAGCCCUGACUCGGUUGCCGCGGCCGUCAUCUACCUGAUCACGUACAUCUUCCCGAAUCUGAAGGGUGUGCAGAAGGACAUACAGUACGUGACGAAUGUCACGGAUGUAACGAUCAAGAACACGUACAAGGAGCUCAUGCAGUACAAGGAGGACAUCCUGCCCAAGGAUAUUCUGAGCAAGGCUCGUCUGCCCAGCUAGGACGUGUGCUCUAAGUUAAGCAGCACUCAUAGAUAAA